GGUAGGCUCAUAAAGACUAAACGAUCACAAAACGUAGAGAUUUCGGUAGUACGCAGAGUGUGACCGAGGUAGUUCAAACAACCCAAAUAAAUAAACAUUCAGUAGUUCUACUGCAAUUUUUCCGAAUGAACUACGAAUUUUGUUGCAAACGGUUUUCCUUUACUUUUAAAUGUUAAUUUUUGCAUAUUUCCCUUUUAAAUGUCCUUAUCACCGGCGAGUAUUUUAACGAAAUUGGACGAACUAAAAAAAUGGCAACAGCAGCAGCAGGAGCGCCUCCUGUGCCUAAACAAACCCACCCUCCGGAAAUCGAACUCAUCCUUGGAUACAUCGGGAAAGGAACCCCUUACUAUAAAAAGUACCUCUACCGACGUGAAGCCGAAGCAGCCGUUUCUAAGACGAGGUGCUGGUCUGUCGCGAUUUCGCAUGUACCCCGGUGAGCAAUUCAAGCCUUUCUCGGCGACCAAGAGGCCGACCAUUGUCAAAGACCCGCGACCUCCGCUCACUCCGCUCAAGAAGCCGAGCGACAGCAUCGUAACGAAAGCGGUGUGGGGACUGCCGUGCGUUGACAAAAACGACACCGAUAGGGAGCUACAAAUAUUCGAGGCGUUGGAGGAGCGUACCAAUCGCCCGAGCUUCUGCUCGACGAACUCCAGCGUGGUCAACUUACUGGCGAGCACUCCGCAACCGCGUUCGAUCGUAACCGACGGCGAGGAAACCUGCGAGAUCGACGAGUACGAGGAGCAAAUACAAAAGGACUACUUCAACUUGAUCGAGAAGGCGUUCGAGUUCAAGCAGUACGUCGCCACUCCGAAUUCCAGUUUGAGCUCGAUCGCCAACGACACGGACGUCGCGUACAAUGACGAAAAUCGGUGGACCGAGGUGGAGGUCCAGACGACCGUCAGCUCGGCGAGCAGCUGCAUCUCCGAGAAGGCGCAGACGAGACGGAGCGUCGAAACUAUGACCGAGCCGAUCGAACAGGCCGACCCCAAAGUCGGAGGUCUGGAGGCGGAGUUGAAACGUUUACACGUGGAGAAUGGCAAUGCGAAGAAGCUGAAGGAGAAGUACGAGCAACAGACGAAAGAAUUUGAAAGGUACAAGAAGGAGAUACUAAAACAAAUCGAGGAUGAGAAACUGAAAAUGGCAACCACACUGGAAGAGGAACGGAAAAAGUUGGCCAAAGAAAAGAUGGUUUUCGAAAAGUACGUCAAAGACCAACAGAACAAGCCGUCCAGGAAGGAGCGCGCGGAAAUUACCGCCUUAAAAAUCGAAGUGGCGACGUUACAGGAAACGUUAAAGGCGAAGGAGUCGAAAAACGGAACUACUCAGGCGCGUUUGCGCAACCAAAUCAAAAACUUGGAAAAGGACAACGCGAACCUCAAGGCGGAAAUCGAGGACCUAAACAGACAGCACGCCAAGGCGAUCGUCUCGCAACGAAUGCGACGCAAGCCGUCCAGUACCAAGACGUUGCACGAAAUCAACGACAGCUUAUCCGAGCUGAUGGUGAUGCGUAAACCCGCAGAUCUUCCCAAGGAGAACGUAACCCCCGCGCCACCGGAACCGGCGAACGAUCGUAUCGAGCGAACGUCAAACGACGGCUCGAAACAGAUCAAGUAUAGCAACGGUAAUAUUAAAACGAUCUCGCCGGACGGUAAUGUUAUAAUAUUUCAGUAUUUUAACGGAGAUAUUAAAGAGACUAACUUACUGGAAGGUACGAUACGUUACCAUCACCGCGACAGUAAAGUAAAUCACACGACGAAUCCUGACGGUACCGAGCUGAUUCAGUUCGCCGACGGUCAGAUUGAGCGGCGUCUGCACGACGGCGUCUGCGAGAUCGAGUACCCGGACGGCGUCAGGCGGAAGACCUACUCGGGCGGCGUCGAGGAGAUCGUCUUUCCGGACGGGACCGUCGUCAACGUCUUUCCGGACGGGACCGUCGUCAACGUUAACAAGGACGAGCAGGUGAUGACGCUGCCGAACGGCCAGAGGGAGAUACACACGAGCGAGCACAAGCGAAGGGAGUAUCCGGAUGGUACCGUGAAGAUAUUGUAUCCCGACGGGUCUCAGGAGACGAGGUACUCCAGCGGGCGUGUUCGUUUGAAGGACAAAAAUGGAAAACUCGUCAUGGAUUCUCAAUUUUAGGCAGACGUUUCCAUCUUCAGGUGUAACCCAUCUUCAGGUGAACAGUGGGGGGGGGGGGGUAUUCCAGACUUCUGAUGGAUUUAUGUAUUAUGCCCCACAAAAUGGAAAACCAUAACGUACUUCCCAGGAA